UGUAACUUAACUAACUUCUUCCUAUUUGUUCAACAACGUUAUCUAACGUUAGUUGCCUCGGCUCGCACAAGCCAAAGGUAAAACUGUUACUGAAAGAGACUUUCAUUAUCAUGGGUCGCUGAUCGAGAACGCGCAGGAAUUUAAAGCGAAAGCGAUAAGCCGGGCUGCGGUUACGUCCACAUACAAACACAUCAUGGAUAACGGGGGAUUCAGAGCCAUGCUGUUAUCAAUAUCCAAUCAACUCGACGGUGAGACUUUAAGCAACUUAAAGUUUCUGUGCAAAGAAGACAUUGGGAAGAAAAAACUCGAAAAGAUCAACAAGGGAAUCGAGCUGUUCGAGUGCCUGAUCGAUAGAGCUGAGAUCGGACCUGAUAACACGGAGCUGUUGCGUUCACUUCUGACCAGAGUCGGGCAAACAGCAUUGAUUCAAAUAAUUGACGAUUAUGAGAGGGGAUCGACUGCUAAUGCCUAUGGACUGGACGCACGCGAGCGAGAAAAAAUCGAUUUAGCAACUGAAGUGAUCGCGGAGCAAGUGGGAAGAAAUUGGAAGAAAGUUGGAAGAAAACUUGGACUGAAUGACACCAAACUGGACAGCAUAGAGGACAAACACAGUCGUGAUUUAGAGGAGCAGGUGAGAGAUCUCAUUCGAGAGUGGAUGAAGAUCCAGAGAGAAAACGCUCGAGUUGAGAUCCUCAUUAAAGCUCUGCGUGACUGCAGACAGAACUAUACAGCCGAUCUCGUGGUGAAAAAACUACAAGAUGAAGGACUUUAAAAGCCACUCUUUAUCUCUACAAUACAUAGAUUUUCUUUAAAUUUCAGUUUUUUUUAAGUGGGAUUGUUAAAGGACAGCUUUGAGAUUUAUAAUGUGAAUUUCUCUUUAAAGAGCAAAUGAGCUGAAUUACAUGUUUACAAAAUUUCCUGAAUGAAUCGUGUACAGCAAUGGUGAAUAUUUGUUAAAGGGUUAGUUCACCCAAAAAGGAAAAUUCUGUCAUCAUUUUCUCAUCUUCAUGUUGUUUUAAAUCUGUAUGAAUUAUUUUAUCUUGAUGAACACAAAAGAAAAUAUUUUGAUAAAUGAUGGUAAGCACGCAGCUGAUUGACUUCCAUAGUAGGAAAAACAAAUACGAUGGAAUUCAAUGCGUACGGACAACCGUGUGCUUACCAUCAUUUAUCAAAAUGUCGUCUUUCGUGUUCACCAAAAUAAAAAAAAUUACAACAUGAGGGUGAGUAAAUGAUGACAGUAUUUUCAUUUUUGGGUGAACUAUCCCUUUAAAGAACAAAAUUCGUAGUUAUAAUUCUUCGUUUUCUAUUUGCGAUUGCACCGCAGAGGAUGAGAAAUAUUGAGAAGUGUCUUAAUAGCAACACUGGACUCGGAAGUUUCACUGACUCUUCUUUUCAAUCUCAUUUAUUGUGAUUUUUUUUGAGUGAACAGUCGAGGGAUUUUAAGAACUUUAUGCUACAUUUACAAAAAAAUAAAGGGAAUUUGGUUCAUUAUUGUAGUGUACCCUGCAGUUUAUAAUGCUACCCCUCUGUCAGAUACAGAGUUAAUAUAUGACAGUAAUAAAAUCUCUUGAACGCU